CUUUUUCUGAAGUUCAAUGUCGAAACCGUUUCUUUUUUCUCAGAAACAAGUUUCCCGUUGUCUCGCUGUCUUUUCUUGAGUGUCUGUUCCGAGGUAUCUGCUUGUCUCUGUCCGUAGAAAGACUGAAACUGGACCUAUGAUUUCCCUUUCUCGUCUUUUAUCCGGCUUCCAGUCUUCCCAACAGUUUUUUGCUCUUCUCCAUCGUUUUCCACCGGUUUUCUCCGUACAAUCUCUCUUUUAAGCGUAUUUGUCACCCGGUCUUUUGCCACCUGCACGCGUUGCCUCGUUUCGAGUUCGUUGGUGAAUCUUCCGUCGCCCACAUCGUCCGUUGUUCCCUCUGCAGAAGGGCGGGUUUCCGUCGCUGAGAAAUCAUCUUUUUCUACUGUUUUCCACCGUCUUUUCCCACAGCAUUGCUGCCGUUGCGCCAAGUGUCUGAGCAUCAGACGAGGCGGUCGCGGGGUGCGCGCGUAUCUUAGCACCCUGUGCUGAAGGACGCGCGCAGCCGGCCUUUUUUCUCUUAUUCCGCGGCCAAACGCAGAAACGCGGUUGUGGCGACGCAUCCAGAAACGUUUCCUUUUUUCGGGAGAUUUUCUCUCUCUGCCCUUGAUCUCUCUUCGUUUUCCAGACUCUCUGCACCGGACAAGAGAUUUGAGGGGGCAUGUGCUCUCGCUCGCCGGUCGCCGGUCCUCAGCGUCCUCCCGGAGUUUCUGCUCUCGAAUUGGAGGUGGAGUCCCCGUUCUCCUGCGUUGUCGCUUCGCUGACUGUCAGAACGGGGAAAGCAGGUUUUUGCGAGGGGAGGGACAGGAGAAGCUAGACAGAGCAGCGAGCGUCGAGGUCGCGCGGCGACGCGGGCAAACGAGUCUCUCUGUCUCUCGUUUCUCUUGCGCUCUCGUUUCCUUUCUCUCCGUGUUCUCUUCAGAUUGCUCGCUCUGACCUUGUCCGGGCGCUGUCAGCGAGAAGGAAAGGCGCAGUGUGUUGCACAGGGUGUCUCUUUGGCCCAGGUCGGGCGGAAGAGAACAGGAGCAGUGUCUCUUCAAUCGCAACCUGUUUCGAGCUCUCUCUUUCGGUUAAGAGUGGCUGCUGCUAGUGGUACGGCAACUUCGCUGCUUCUCCCACUCAGGGCCUGCGUACUCUCUCACUCGAUUCGCGGCCUGUCUCCGCGACCGUUGUGUCUCGGUUUGUCAGCGCAUGCUCAGAAACGCACUGGGUCUCUCUCUAGCUGCCUGUAGCUUCGCCGUACACAGGAACAGAGCGUAUUCCACCUGCCUCGAAGCGAGAGGAAGACGAAGCGCGCUCCACGCGCCCUUCUCAAGCCCUCUGUUUCGAAGGCUUGUCUUCUGAAAAAGCUUCUGUGCUGGAAACAUCUGUCCUGAAAACCCUCUGUUCUCAAUUGCUAGCGUCUCGGCUUCUGUCUGUCUCCUUGCCUGUCUCCUGUCUCUCUCCUUCCUCUCUUGCUCGAAGUGUCUCUCCUCUGUCUCCUCAGGGUCGCCCUGGCUGUCUGAGUGGGGUGUACGUACAGUCUGAAGCCGAGGGCGCCCGAGGCUGUGCGCGUUUUGUGUUUCAUUUCCCGUUACCCGUUUUCUUCACGCAUGGUCGACAGGAUGGACUCUUCCUCGUCCAGCAGGAAAAGACGUCGCGAGGAAGAACAAGUCACAUCGUCUCAUCGCUCCCGCCACUCUGCAAGAGACGCUGACUGGCAAAGUGCGAGAGAUCCAGGGGGGUCAUCUCGGCUUGUCAGGGACUCUGUUUCUCCUGAGCGACGUUCUCGCUAUCGGUCGCCAGAGCGACGCUCUUCUCACACUUCGGCGCAGAAAGACUCCCGCGUCUCUUCUCAUCGGGACCAUGGCGAGCGCAGAAGUGUUGACCGCUCUCCCGAGAGACACCGGGGCUACUCAAAGCGAGACAAGACCCGUCCUUCCUCUUCGUCUUCUUCUGCUUCUGUCCGGUCCAGGAAGGAGGAAGGACGGAGAGAGAGAGAAGACAGAGAGAGAGAGAGAAGAGACGGCAGAGAGAGAGAGAGAAGAGACGACAGAGAGAGAGAGAGACGAGAAGACAGAGAGAGAGAGAGAAGAGCUGACAGAGGCAGAGAGAGAGAGAGAAGAGAAAAUCGAGAGAGAGAGAGAAGAUAUGAACGAGGCAGAGAGAAAGAGAGAAGAGACGACAAAGGCAGAGAGAGAAGAGAUGGACAGCGGAGAGAGCGCGAGGUGAGAGAGCGCGAGGAAUCUGAUGAUGAUCUCGCAGACGUGGAGAUUUUUGACGAAGAAGAAGAAGACCGUUUUCUAGAGGAGCGAAGGAGACAGCGAGAGUUGCUACUGGCCAAGUACGCAGCACAGACGGGAGACGACGACGGUUCUGCGAAGAGAGAGGAGAAGGCAGAAGGGGAGACAUCGUCGAGGAACUGCGAGACGGAGAAACUCGAGGAGAGGAACAGUCCGUUGCGUAUGCGUUCGGAGUCGCCGAACGGAGAGCGCAGAGAUGGUCGCGAAACGCGAGGAAAGGAAAAGCGUGAGAAGCGCAACGGGGACCGUCGCGAGUCCGUGAGCGAUGAUUCGUCAAAGAAGAUCAAAGCCGAGGAGACCGGAAAGGACGGCGAGAGGGGAGGAGAGAGAGAAGGCAAGUGUGACAGAGAGUCGCGCAAAUGUGAAGAAGGAAAACACGCAGAAACGCACGCCGCCAACGGAGAAAACCGCUUUGAUGACGAGUCGGCGAACAUUCAGGAGGCUCUGUUUCACCACGACGGGGACAGCUUGGUGUCUGUAGAGAUGUCUUCGCCGUCUGUGUCGGACUUCGAGGAGAGCAGUCCGUCUGAAGUCUGCUCUGUGCGGCGCGCGUCGCCGACCAACGGGAAGAGCGACGAACAGAAGGAGACAGCUGGCGAGGAGACCGGCUUCGGGAAGGAGACAGAUUUUGCGGAGACAGGGGAGAAGAAGCCGGCGAGCGCGUCUGCGGGGGCGUCUGUGCCAGCGUCUGCGUUGACGGCGCUGGGGGGUUUGGACAUGGAGGCUCUGCAGAAGCGGUUGCGAGAGGAGAAGCAGAAGCUGCGCCGCUUUGUGAUUCAGAUGAAGGAGAGCGCAGAGGAUGAAGAAAGUGGAACUUCUUCCGAGGAGAAGAACGACGACGUGGACAUGUUUUCGACGGCGACGAAGAGCUCGCAGGGCGCGAGCAAGCGGUCGAGGAAGAAGCGAGCAACAGUGAGUGUCUCCGCGACAGCGGGACCGGCGGAGAACUGGAACGACUCGGAGGGAUACUACCAGGCGACUGUGGGUGAGCUGCUCGACGACGGACGGUACCGGGUGGAGUGUGAGGCGAUAGGAAAGGGCGUUUUCUCGAACGUCUUAAAGUGCUACGACCUCCAGGAGAAGCGGUUCGUCGCCAUCAAGUGCAUUCGGCACAACGACAUGAUGAAGAAGGCUGCGGAGAAGGAAACGAGCAUUCUCCGACUCCUCAACUCGACAGACAAAGACGACAAGCGGCACAUCGUGCGCCUCCUCAGACAUUUCGAGUACCGCGGACAUUUCUGUCUCGUCUUUGAGUGGCUCUGGGGGAAUCUCCGCACAGCGCUGAAGAAGUACGGAGGAGGGAAAGGCCUGAACGCCCCCGCGAUCCACGCGUACAGCAAGCAGCUGUUUGUGGCGCUCAAACACCUCAGUCGCUGCCGCAUCAUCCACGCGGACUUGAAGCCCGAUAACAUCCUCUUGAACGAGAAAUUUAGCAGCCUCAAGGUCUGCGACUUGGGCAGUGCGAGCGACGUCUCCGACAACGAAAUCACCGCGUACCUCGUCAGCAGGUUCUACCGCGCACCGGAAAUCAUUCUCGGCUGUAGAUACGACCUGCAAAUCGAUGUGUGGAGCGCCGCAGCCACCAUCUACGAACUCGCCACUGGACAGGUGCUCUUCCCGGGAAGAACGAACAACGACAUGUUGAAGUGCAUCAUGGAGGUGAAGGGGAAGAUUCCAACGAAAAUGAUAAAGGCGGGCCAGCUGUCCAGUCACCACUUCGAUGAAAAUCUCGAUUUCAUUUACCGAGACAGAGACGCGUUCUUCAAGAAAGAAGUGACUCGCGUACUUCACGACCUCCGACCCACUCGCAACUUGACUGAGAACCUCAUCGAAAAACAGCAUUGGCUCAAAGGGAACUCGCCGAAGAUCAACUUCUUGCGGCGAAAGAUGCGGCAACUUGGGGAUUUGCUGGAAAAAUGUUUGGCGCUCGACCCGCAGAAGCGCCUAACCCCCGACGAGGCUUUGCAGCACCCGUUUCUGAAAGAAAGCAUUCACUUCGGAGCAGAACAUACUCAGAGUCGCGCGCAUGCAGUUUCAGCCAGUUCGCCGGUGCCCGUUCUGAAGAGCACCACUGGAAGCGGCUCGGGACCAGCUUAAGAAACAGCCCGUCUCUGUCGAAAGAGAAAGAGAAAAGCCGCGACAGCUGUCUGUCGAGAAGGACAAGACCGAGACAGCUUCUUAAGAUAUGUCCAAGUGUCAGGUGCAAGAGAAGAGGGAGACCGGAAAAUACGGAGGAGACAAGAAGGCCUGAGGGAACAGUGCGUAUAAUGGGUCAUGGGACUCCGCGAGGUUUUCGCAGAGGUGUAUUCUGUAUUGCACUUGUUUUGUUACGCCCUGCACAGCUAGCGAGACGCGACUUCAUUUCUUUGUGACUUUCCAAAGCAAAAAAAAAACAUGCUUUUCCCCGCUGUGAGAGAGAGGGCCGACCGCGCCGAGUCGCUGCGAGUCGGAAAGACUGCGGCAUGCGGAAAGGACCCGUUUCUGGGGGGAAAGCGUUUCUCAGGGAUUCGAGUGAGAAGUUCAUGAAACCGGCGUUCUGAUUCGCUGAAACACGAACUGAGAGCACGCGGAAACCGGAAGGCUCUGGUCGAUGCCGUUUCGUUGGUCCAAGUGAUUUCUGGGUCGCAGCUCGUUGCUUCGCGAUUCGACGCAUCCGUCUGCACACAUCUGUUCCAUCUUCGUCUCUCUUUCUCACGAGACCGAGAUUAGUGCCUGCGGCUGCUCAGUUUUCAGAGAUCGAGAAAGUUCGUGGUGCUAGCGCCUCCUCUGUGGUAGCUUCCUUUCACGCAAACACAAGCUGAGACAGAGAAUCGUUUUUCUUCAGAGACACGGACAACCAACUCCCCCUGUAUGGCUGUAUUAUUAUUAGGCGAACUCAGACAGGCCUACAUCUGAAUGUGCCUGUUAACCACAAACUCUGGUUUUUCUCUUUUUCCUUUCCUGACACUUCUGUGCAUGUGUAUAUAUAUAUAUAUAUAUAUAUAUGCCUUCGUAUGCGUGGGUGUAUAUACAUGGAUUCAUGCGCACAUGCAUAAAGUUACCGACAUGUUUUUAUUUUCCCGGUAUCCGUUUGAGGUGGGAGUGGAUUUCUUGCGUUCUCAAAAAGGAGGGAACGCCCAGUGUGACAGGUGCACAUCUGUGGUUGUGUGUUUUCUGUGCAUGCAAUUUGUCUUUUUUUGUUCUCGAUUCCUCUGAGCCUUCGCUGCGUCGAUGUUGAGUUUCCACCCUUUCCACGAUGGAGAAGAAAGGCUACUGAAAAGCUUUCGUUGGGAAAUACACAAAAUCCCCACCUUUGGGGUUGCAUGGUUUCACCGCAGUUUUUUCUGUCUCUUGCCAUUGGGAUGUUUUGGGUCCGGGCGCUUCUUCGCAUGCCCGCCCUGAAGUGUUUUUCUCUCCUUCACGCGCCAAACAUACCGUUUUCCUGUUCGUGUACACCUUCUCGUAUCGGCCAGUCUUCUCUGCCUCACUCUAUUCCUCACUACUGUUGCUUCCUGGGUGCACCACGCCUAUGAACACAAAAAAUGUUUGCAUGUACGCGGUAAGGAACAGGUGGACUGUGCGAGAUAGAAAUGGACAGGCUAACUAUGUUUAGUGGUGCGUGAUCUGCGAGGAUAUCUCGGGUGUAGAUUCGCCAGGGGAGAGUACUAACACGAGGCAGUUUGAUAGUUGGUAGGCUUGCGCCGGUUGUACAAAUCGUUUUCCACUAGUUUGCACUAGUCUUUUGUGUUCUGAGAGGCGAACUCGCAAUUUCCUUCCUUUUUCAUAUUUCUACCACUUCUCCAAAUUCUACACCGCAGCCAUCCGUGAUGUGCGCGAAUACAGAAUUGAGCAGUCGGGUCAUUAGCACAAAUGGGCUUUUUCACGGGAACUACAGGAUGUGACACAGUGAUUAGAGGACUGGGUAAAGUGAAUUUUGGACUGAUGAAAAAUGUCAACAAAAACAGAAUCAUGACAGGAGUGGGGUUCGAACCCACGCCCUUUCGGACUGCGGCCUUAACGCAGCGCCUUAGACCACUCGGCCAUCCUGCCGGUGGUCUCCUCGUGCCAGCUGCUCUUGAGGAUACCGGCUGAACCUGUAGUUUUAAAUCUCGCGGAACAUGACGUACAAACGUCAAUUUCAGACUCUACGCUGGCUGUGGAAUUGCCUACAAUAUUUAUGUGGACUCCCUGCCUAGGGCAUGCGUGAAAUGAUGCAAUUGAUGCACGCCGAGGCACUCCUGCGUGGUUCGUGAGGCAAUGCCAAGGGUUUGACACUCGAGGAAUGAGCCGCAAAUGAACGGCGGUGUUUGAGUUUUUUUCCCUGAAAGCAGUAAGGUGAUGUUCCCAUCCGAGGAUGUCCCAAGCGUGGUUGUAAAGCCUAAGUCAGCCACCGACCGGGAAGGGCGUCUUCGGGUAGAUUUACGGAAAUAACUGAAGACUGGUCUGAAACACAUGAGCUUCUAACCCGGUCUCGCAGAUACACAGAGUCCAGUAAGACGUCGUGUUUUGUGUCAGUGAGCGAAGGAAAACAGGUUUGUCAACGUCGUUUUCUAGAAUCGGAUCCGUGUAUUCCGUGCAGACUAACAACAUGCAACAAACUACCAAAAUGAAUAUCGUGAUACUUGUACAGCUUGUACGCAAAUGAUGGUUUUUCAAAUACGCGCUGCGUACCACUCUACUUAUUGCACUGAACACAAUGGUUAUGAAAAGCACACGAGAACUUGGAAUGAC